CUCUGAUUAGCUUUGAUCAGCUUUGCUCUUUCUGAUUACAUCAUUAGUUCUCUUUAUACCAGCACGGAAGGAAAAUAAAGAGUUUUCCCAAUUACUCGCCCACACGGCCUCUCCUGAUUUAGUGUCCCGCAAUGGAAGGCGAUAAUUCCGCCGCGACUACCACCGCGCCUCCCCCAGCGGCGGAAGCCGCCAGCCAUGCGGUUGCGGAGGGGCAGGUUGCCCCCGCCAGCGGUACCAGCGCGGAUGCCAGCGGUGCGAGCGCGGAUGCCGGCGCCCACGACACGUCGCCGCCUGGCGGACGGGGGGGCAACCGGCGGAGACAGCCGCGGGGGGGCAGAGGGCGCGGAAGGGGCGGAGCGGGUGGGGAAGGCGGAAGGGGCGACGGUCCCAGCCAUUCCGCCGGAAAUGCCGACAGCAGUGGCGGAAACGGCGGCGGCGGAGGCGGGUGCGGAGAUAUGGGGGAAGGCAGCGUGGGGGGGCACGGCGGCGGCGGGGGGGGCGCGCAGGUGGCGCAGUGCUCGUGCGUGUCGUUUUCCCCCGAGAUGCAGCGCGCGUUCUUCGAGCUGCACGCGCUGCGUCUAGGCACGGACAAGGCGACCUACGGGGACACGCUCGAGUGGCUGCUGACCGCCGCGAAACCCGCUAUCGAGCAGCUUAAAACGGGGACGGGGGGAGCGGCGGGGGGAGGGGGGGCUCAUUCCGGCGGCAGCGGUAAGAAGAGGAGCAAACGCAACCGGCGGAAGCAAGGGCAGGCGGGGGCUCGGGGAGGGGCGGAGGGAGGGGGAGUGGGAGGAGUGGGAGGGGGAGAAGGAGGGGGAGUAGGAGGAGGAGAGGGGGGGGGAGGGGAAGGAGGAGUGGGAGGAGGAGAGGGAGGAGGAGAGGGAGUAUAGCAAGAAGACGUGGAAGGGCAGUAGCAGUGUGGCGCAGCUGUUUGUGUGACAGCGGUGCAAGUAGGUGGAGGAGGCAUGUGCGGGUGUGGGCGUGUGGGUGUGUGGACUCGUGAAACCUUAACAGCGAAAGGAACGGAGUAGAUAGGGAUGCCACAAGGCUCUGAUGGUGAUGGGUCAAGGAGCAACACUGGAGCGAACCUCCUCGGGUUGUAGUGGUAGAGAUAGUGGGUUGGUUGGAAGCAAUGGCUUCGUUUCAUAGAGCAGAAGAAAGUAAGCUGCUGGGGCAGGUGCUGUGUGUCGCUCGUGGGAUCAUUCAGCCUUGUUUCUUACAACUGAGUUUAGGAGAUUCCUACAUGGGAUGGGAGGGAGUAUUCCUGCUAUUGAUGUGAUUUGAUUUGCUGCAGUUGACAAGCAGGCACUGCACU